GAAUGUUCAGCCCUCAUGUUGUCUGUUUCAAUCAGGGAAGGUAUCCAGUUCAGUUUGACCCCUUUGGAAGACCCAACCAACGAGUAUGCACCUCCUCCGAACGUUGGAUACCUAGAGAUAUUAACAGAGUUCAGCAGUAAGCUGAUGAGGCAAGAUAAACGUACUGUAUUGCAAUACUUGGACAAGAACUUGAAGGAGGGCAUGACUGAACAGGAAGGAGAGGAAUGGGCUCCUCUCAGGAUCUACAGACAUUCAUUGCUCCAGGGAGACCUCAUUGAAAGGCCUCCAGAGAUUCCAAGGGUACAGAAGAUGGGCAAGAAACAAGCCAAGGGAAUGAAGAGGAAGAUGGGCUUGCAUGGAGAUGAGAGUUCCAACGACCAAUGGUUAUCACGAGAUGCUCAUAUGAACGUUACCGGUGCUGCAAAGAGACUACGAGGAGAUGAAGAGACAUCACUUCAAGGAUCCGAUAGAGAUUUUGAGCACCCUAUGCACCAAGAGGUCGAUGAAGAGGAUGAGGAGGAGGAGGAUGAGGAGGAGGAAGAUGAGGAUGACUUCCAUGAAGGACAGGCCAUGCAGGUUUUGGAGGACAUGCAGAUGGGAACAUUCUAAGGAUCUGAGUCAUUUGGAACUCUAUCGGCAUCUCUCUAUCCUGUCAAUGCCCAGCUCACACAGAUGGUAGAAAAUUAAUUUGCUAUUUAUUGAAACUGAAGGAAAUGAUAGUAAUGAUGGUAUUUAUCCCAUGUUAAAGAAUGUCAGAUUAAGAAACGGAUUUUCAUUCAUGAGCAGUUGUUUUAAAAGAACAAACUAACAUCAAAGUAAUACCUCAAAUUUAUCUGUUCUUCAAAAUCAAUUCAUAUUUAAAGAAUGUAGAUUAUUUGCAACUCUAAUUAUUAUUUCUGAUUACAUUUAAACAUUCAUAGGCCUGAAGAGUUUGUGUAUGUGUGACUUGAUCAUAUGCUUUAUUUUUAAUUGUUCUACUCCCAAUAUGUCCAAUUGCCAACUUGUCUACUAUCAUUUGGUCUACCAUCAGUUCGUCCACUAUCCACAUGGUCUACUUGCCAUAUAACUAGUUGGUCCAAUAGCCAUUUAGUCCAUAUACCAUUUAGUCUAAUUGGCCUAAGUGUUAAUUGGGUUAAAUUAAUGAAAAUAAAAUGGAUAUUAGACCAACUGCAUAUGAGACAAAAUGGUCGUAGAUUUUGCAUACAUUCGUAAUUCCGAAGGUUUGGAUAUUCCGAAGGUUCGUUAUUCCGAAGGUUCGUAUUACCGAAGUUUCGUAAUUCCGAAGGUUCGUUAGUCCGAAAACGAAAUGAGGUUCGUAAUUUUGAAGGUUCGUUAGUCCGAAAACGAAGUGAGGUUCGUAAUUCCGAUGGUUCGUUAAACCGAAAACGAAAUGAGGUUCUUAAUUCCAAAGGUUCGUUUGUCCGAAAACGAAAUGAUUAACGAACGUUAUUUCAUUUUCGGACUAACGAACCUUCGGAACAACAAACCUUAUUUUGUUUUUGGAUCAACGAACCUUCCGAACAACGAACCUUAUUUCGUUUUCGGAUUAACGAACCUUCGGAACAUCGAACCUUAUUUCGUUUUCGGAUAAUCGAACCUUCAGAAUAACGAACCUUCGGAAUAACGUCACAAAUGUUCGGAUUAACGAAACCUUUUACGUUUUCAGAUUAACAAACAUCGAGGUAUAGGCAAUUUACGUGUUUCGGAAUUACGAAGUGUAACCGUAGAUUUACUGGUGAUUAAUUAGACCAAGUGAUGAUUGGACCAAACAGAUUUUAGGCGAAAUAUUGAUGGACGGAAUGGCAUUAGACAAAAUGAAGAUAGACCAUGUGUGGAGUGGACGAGUUGGCAGUAGAUGGAUUGGCAAUUUACCACAAAAUAUUGCUAUAAAAUGAAAACCAUUCCAUUAAUGAAUGGGUAAGGGGGGUUAUUAGAUUAACAAUGAAAACCUAUACUUUGCCUUUGAUUCUUUAUUCAUUUUUCAAUUAAAAAAAAAUAAGUUUUACAUUAAAUUAAAGCCCAUCUUAAGCUAUGGUAAAGGAUCAAAAUGAAUUACACUCUAGUUAUCGUCUUACAUUCCAAUCUUACAAAAGUGUAGUGGUUGUCAAAUCUCUUGUUUUUCUUAUAAAUGUUUAGUUUGAAUUUUCUUACUGCCCCCUCUCAGUUAUAUAUUUUUUUCUUUAAAAGGGCUUUAGAGCAUUUCCUCUUGUCAUUUUCAUCUCAUUUCAUUUUCUUAUGAAGUGCUUUAUUAUCAAGAUGACAAAAAAAAAUGCUGUUUUGCGAUUGACCACCAGAUAAACUUGAAAUCAUCUCAAACUGCAAAUUUUAUAAUCGAAACACCUUACAAUAUUUAAUCCUCAAUAUCAUAAAUGUUUUAGGGCAUAUUGUCUAGUAAUGGAUUGGAUUGGGGACGUGUAUUUUUGAGGGAGUCGCCAAAACUUGAAUAGGCUUUAAUGCUGAUUAAUUGAUGAAUGAAAUAUAAAUGUUUCCUGGUUCCAGGAUACGUGUAUAUUAUUGAUUUUUAUUUCGUGUUUGAAUUAGAUAAACGAACCAUGUAAAUAUUGUAUCAUACCUUUUUAUGAUAUGUGUUCUCUUAGUAGUUAUUGUGUUGUCACAUACAAACCAUUAUGUGAAUGAAAUUAUUAUGUCAUGAAUACAAAAUCAUGCUGUUCUUGUUUAUAGGUUAUUAAGUAAUAUUAGUAGUGAUAUUGAUACACAGUCCUUUUAUUGUGCAUAUUUAUCCCUGUCUGCUUCCAAAGGAUACUUUUACGCUAGUUUUUAGCAUUGUGACCUUACAGCACACUAGCAUUUCAUACGAUCAAAAUCCUGCAGGUAGUCACCCGGGUUGAGUGCAGCAAAUUGAGGAUCAAUGAAGGAUCCAUGGCUGAGAUUGGAAUCCACAGCCCACUUAACAGCAAUACUCCACUGAAUUUUGAAUGUUGGAAAGGAAAAGAAACUGCUAUAUUGCAUCUCUAGAAAAAGUGGUCGACCCAAAGGCCUCUGAUGGUACUAAAUGUUGUUGACAUAUGUAUUAUGGAAUACACAAAUUACAGAAAUAUGUCCUUGUAUUUAUUGAAACAAGCCAUUUAUGGUAAUGUAUAUUUAAUUGCAUGUUGGUGUUUUUGUUAACUGUUAUUGAGACUGUGUACAGUAUUGUACAUAUGAAUGGGUAAGAAUACCAAAUCCAUGUGUUCUACUACUAAAGUGAGUUUUUAAUAGACUUCAAAUUUAUGUAUUAGCAUAAGCAUGUUGGUUUUUUAAAAGUUUUUGUAAAAAAAAAAAUGAUGAAGCUGUGUACGUGUACAGUAAUUUAGAUUGUAAUAUUGUACGAGUUCAAAAACUUUUGUGGAAAGUUGAAUAAAAAAAAAAGUUGAAUUAUA